AUGCCAUCUGUCAAACGCCGCCGUCCAGAUCCAGAUCCUGGAGAAGGGAUAUGGGAACAACACAGACUCACAUUCCUGAGGCUCUAUCAGACAGAGCGGAGAACACUCAAAGAAGUAAAGGAGAUCAUGGAAAGCGAACAUGGAUUUCCUGUCAAUUCCUUGUUGACUUACGAAACCAAACUCCGCAAUGAGCUUCACUUGCGCAAAAAACUCAAAAAAUCCGAUUGGGUUUCCGUGCACCAUCAUCGCCUAAAGAGAGGCGACAAGCCCACCGGGGUCUAUCUUAACGGGACAGAAAUUCCACAGCACAAAGUGUGGAAGGAUAUUAGAAGAUCAGGAGCUCGACUGGUAGACAAUGGUCAAGACAUCCCUCUUCCAAGAGACGUAGUUGUAAGAACACCAUCACCUGUCGGGUACCUCGUGCCUCAUGCCUUGCCAAAAUGGCAAGAGGGAUCUCAAGGCCUUUCCCCUCGGCUUCUAGCUUCUUCAAUGACGAUGCCACCUGCGCCAUCAUCGCCUGGGGCUUUGAUAUAUAGCACGCGAAACACGAUUAAUUCAUCACAAAGCCAUAUAGGUUCCUCAAUAAAUUACCAAGCCCAAGGAGGUAGACUUGCGGAAUUGUUAGAAGUUUCUUCCUGGGGCGUUAUCACUGCCUUAUGGAGUAUUCCGUGGGUCAAGUUCAGUAACUAUAUAUGUCACAUGACUGCCACCUUACACUGCUCAAGUGAAUAUAGCAGAAUACUGAACCUAUCAGUAAGCUUCGAAUCUCUACCAUUCACUAUAUAUUUCGAAUCCGAGCUAGAGUCGCCUGAGGCAUGGGGGGCUGAAUUCCUACCACAUAAGUUGCCUUUACCAAGUCAUACGCCCUCUUCUUCGGCACUUACAUUAAACAUGGACAUAUUUUACCUCCUAUCAAAAGUUCUUCAUCUAAUUUCCAAUAAUAAGUUGGAAACAAGUCACGGUCACUUUAGCAGAUGCCCUAAUGCUAUUCAACUUUUGCUCGACCGAAUUCCCCAAGAAGUCUUAAAAAGUCUCUUCCUAGAAGAUCUUCCUACAAUCAGGACUGCGUGGCAAUACUUAGCAGACUGUGCUGGUAAAUAUGGCCAUCGAAAUGCAUUUAUUUCCUUGAUGAUGGUCGGGCUUGUCCACCGCAACUGGAUUAUCCCUAGGGGAGCACUGUACCUCUCUUUCGCUGCGUCGAUGAAUGCCCUCGAUGUUAUCCAGAGCCUAACGAAGGCUGGAAUUCGUGCUGAUGGCAGAAUUAAGGGUUAUCAAAACCCUGCUGUUAUCGAAGCAGCUGCUACUGGCAACAUAGAAUGUCUGAAGCUGCUGUUAACAACAUGUGACGUGAAUUGUGAAGUUCGAUUUGGUGUUUCUACUUUCUGCAUCUUUAUUUCUGCUUUAGGUACUCGGGCCAUUUCAACCUCCCCAAAACGAGAUCACGCAUAUCCACCAAAUUCUUUUCGGAAAUCCUACGACGAAACGUUUAUGAUAAUACAAUUCAGCCUCGGGGACAAGUCCCAAAGUCGAGCAUUAGAUAUGCUAUUGCAAAGCGGUGCGAAUGUCGACGCAACAUACAAAUACGACUUCGAUAGGAUAUCACUAAAUCCAAUCUUAAGGGAUAAACGCCCUAAGAAAUAUUUACCGACGAUCCUCGAACAAAGUUACUACUUAGAUGUAGAAGCCUUUUAUAGAUUAGCACCGUACAGCACUCAAACAACUCGGCUUUUCUUCCGCCCGGAUCUUUGCCUCUCAGCGAAGCGGGGAUGCGAAUUUCUCAGAGAGUAUUGGACAUCACGACCGGCCCGGCUUGACUCUGAUGGCACUGCAUUCUUGGAGUUGGUAUUUGCCGAGCAAUUCUUUGAUAAACGUCAGGCUAUCGACACAGACCUUAUUCGAAGCCUCAUCGAGUUUGGAAUUGGCCCAAAUCUUACUUCGUUGCAAUUAGGUAGCGGUUAUUUCCUUUGGCAUAUAGUGACGCAUGCACGCACACACGGCUACGACGAACACUUUGCACCCAUUUUAACAAUAUUUAUUCAGUCAGGAUCAGUCAUAGAUUCAAACGUCCUAGAGGCUGGAGUUGAGGAAGAAGGCAUCGACAUCUUGAAGCUCCUAGCCCAGUCUGGUGCUAAUGUGAACAAAUAUGGUGUAUUAGCAUUGUCUACGGCAGCUCGUCUCGACAAUUACGAAGCGGUGUCGUGGCUAUUAGAAGCCGGUGCAGACAUUAAUGCUGUGGCAAUUAUCGACUCAGUACCGUGGAGUGUAAUUGGAUUGGCAAGUACCUUAUGGAGAUCAAAUAUAUUUGAAGAGUUUCCUGAAGGGUGCUCCAUGCAAGAAACCAAUCUAGCAAGUUUGGCAAUGCUCGAUCACUUAAUCGACCACGGCGCAGAGUGGAAAAGUAACUCCCACCAUUCAAACGCUGCCGGAUUUCUACAACGCCUUCUUGUCCAUGCCUGGGAUGAUGAAUGGAUCGACCCAAUUCUUCUUGAUCUCAUUACAUUUUUUGUUUCGAGAUUGGACCGUCACGACCUAUCCAGCCCCGAAGUGUGUAUAUUGGCAGACUGUGCCACUCUAUAUCUAUCUCCUGGACAUAGCGACUUGGAGCGGCUGGGGGUGUCUUUGUUUGAAUUGUUUCGUGUGCACGGUGCCCCAAUGCUGAAUGCUGAUAUACUUCCAGGUCUAAUAUGCGGAAAAAGCCCGCCUGGGUUAAUUCAAGAAUUUCUAGAGAGUCUUGGGGAUAUCAACACAUAUUAUAUAGGUGGUCAUACCGGAUUUCCUUGUACCGCCCUCCAAGCCGCAGCCUACCGAGGUAAUAUGGAUCUACUCGAGCAGUUAGUGAGUAUGGGAGCUAACAUUAAUAUGCCCGCAUUUGAAAAGAAUGGAGUAAUGACGGCACUCCAGGCCGCAGCCUCCAAAGGCCAUAUGGCUUUGGUCGAGCGACUGGUACGUAUGGGUGCUAACAUUAAUGCUCCCGCAGGACCGGAGAUGGGGUCGACAGCGCUCCAAGCUGCUUGUCUAUUUGAUCCGAAAUCAGCAACGGAUCGGGCGAAUAUGAUAAAAGUCAUACAACUCUUGAUAAUGAAAGGAGCGGAUGUGAAUGCCCUUCCGGGAAUGAAGGGUUCUUAUAACUUCGGUAUGGCCCUGCAAAUUGCUGCUGGCGAGGGGGAUAUGGAAGUGGCGCUCUUAUUGAUCCAAAGGGGAGCAGACGUGAAUGCACCUUCACAGAAGUGGUCUGAAACCCGGUAUUAUUCUGCGUUAGACAAGGCUGCCUUGUAUGGAAGGCUUGAUAUGGUACAAUUCCUAUUGAGCCUUGGGGCGCUCAGUCAUGAUCGAGGGCAGACAGGAUACGACGGAGCAAUACAAGGCGCAGAAAGUGAAGAGCAUUUUGCCAUUGCCGAUUUGAUACGGCACCAUUACGCGGAUGAUUUCAAGUUGCUAGGCACGAAUAUUGCGAGGACAUUUCUAGUGGAGAUAUAGAUAGAAGCGAUGAAUAGAUGAAUUAGAAUCAGCCUUGGAAUUUUCACUUUUAAUUUGCCUUGAUUGACUUGAGGAAUUCUAGCUGGGAAUUCUUUUAAGUUAAGUCUAGCACUUUGUAAAACGAUGCUCGAGUUAAGAUAGCAUGGUGCUUCGCUAUCACGGUGUCUUUAUCACGAGGCAAGCCUGGAAG